ACACAACAACAACAAGGUUCAGAAGUGACCGAUUUCCGAUGAUGAUAUCAAAUCUGUCAGGAAUCUGCUAUCAUUUACGUUGCUAGCGGAAAGCUUUUUCCUAUAAUUCGUGACAAAACUGCAAUUCAGUCGGAUGUAAUGUGAAAAUAUCAAGUUAAUAUUCUUGACUAUCGUCUGGAGGUUCAGCUCAGGAGGGUAGAAACCCCGAAGCACCGGUAAAUAUUGUGAAUUCGUGAUUUGCACCAGGCUGUGACCGUGAAGCAGAAAAAAUAUGGAUAUGAAAAUGAUAAGUACCAUUUAUCGACGGAACAACAUUGCCAGAAUAGCGACCUUCAGCAGCAAAAACAAUGUGAUGGUGGUGGCCACCGUGCUUCUCGUUUGUUUAAUGGUUCUGACAGAGGCCGACAAAGGAGAAGCAGUUUCCGAUAAAGGGGUGACAGCUUCCGACUCAUUAUUAAGCAGCAGUGGUCACUCUCGAAAAGAACAUUUUUUUAGUAAAAUGAACGACAACUCCGGUCAACCACAACCGUCGAUGGAACCUUCCCAGGAGCUGAAAUCGUGUUCCCGGAUGUUGCCAAGAAUUUUCGACGGCUACGCUCCAUUGGGCGAGCGAAAUGCGGGGAACUAUACGGAAAACCCGGAAGCCACAUCGCUGCGACCCUGUGUGCAGUUGUGCUGUGCCAAAAAAGACGACUGCAAUACGGCGUUUAUGUUCAAUCGGACUUGCUACCACGUGAAAUGUGUCAGUAACGAACUGUGUAGGCCAACAAAAAAGAGAAAUCUGUCCACGACGCUCCAAAUGGUGCUAGUCAAUCCGGUAGGGGGUUAUGAGACAGAAACAAGCUGGUCCGAAGUUCUUCAAAUUCCCUACUCUCAGGAAAAUGCACCUCUUAGAUGGUCCGAUAUGGAAGAAGUAGACGAAGACGUUCUCAUUAAGAAAAUAGAAAAUAUGUUUAUGCAGAACAGAGAGUAUAUAAGCGACAAUUAUAACUCGCCAUAUGAACUUGGAAAAUAUCCGGCAAGUUAUUUAAAUGAUCAAUAUGGAGAUUUAAUGAUGGACGAAACGAGGGCUUACCCUCAGCCGGAGAAGGCUUUCUCGGCGCUUACCUGCAACGUUAAUGACCCUCAUUCGUGUCCAAAGAAUGAAUUGUGCGUCAGGGUAACAACUUCUUCCACAGGCUUGUGUGCUUGCGUGAAAAGUUACGAACGCAAUGGAAACGGCGAGUGUAUGAAAGAAAAACAGCUAUACGCUGUUCCUCAAACCCUUACUGCCCAGAAAUUGAUUAUGGACAACAUUCAUAGCAAAUCAGGUGAAACUGACGAAGCUAAUCAAGAGCCAACAAAUGUGAAAAAGUUGACCGUCUCUGUUUUAUCUAAAGACGUACGAUUACCGAACAAUGAAGCAAUCCUAACUGCGUACGUUGUCCCAGAUGAAGAUUCUAGCGGCGAUAAGUAUACCUACUCGUGGUCUCUGAUUUCACAACCCUCAAAAGGCGACAGUAAUGCAACGAUCGCCGACCAAACUAAGCAACAAGCCAAGUUAUCGAAACUCACCGAAGGUUUGUACCGAUUCAAAGUUACGGUCACUGGGCGAAACGGUUGGUACGGAGAAGCCUAUCCCAACAUAACUGUCCUACCAGAGCAAAAAAUCAACAAACCACCUGAGGUUAUCAUCACCCCGACUGAACAAACCGUCAAACUACCAAACCAAAAAGCCAUCCUUGAUGCUAGUGCCUCCAAAGACGAUGACAAAAUAGCAUCAUACCAGUGGGAACUAGUCGAAGGACCUCUCGGUUACCAACCAGAGCUCCCAGAAGUCCCAACUCUCGAACUUAAAGAUCUAACAAUGCCCGGGAAGUACACAUUCAAACUUACUGUAAUAGAUUCAGAAAAGCUUUCCAACAGCACCACAGCCACCAUCGAAGUACUUAAAGAAAUCGAUUACCCUCCGGAAGCUAACGCUGGUCAAAAUGUCAUCGUGUAUCUCCCCAACAACAACGUCACCUUGAAUGGAUCGCUCAGUAAAGAUGAUCACGGAAUAGUGGCUUGGGAGUGGACCAAAGCCAGCUCGGAUCAGUCGAAAGCCGUUGACAUGCAGAACACUCGUACCCCGUACCUGCAGCUUUCAAACCUGGAGGAAGGAGUGUAUGCGUUCGAGCUUAAGGUUACAGACAGUAAAAACCAGAGCAGCACAUCGAUUGUGCACGUGUUUGUUAAAAUGCCGACCAAUAUGCCUCCGGUGGCUCGAGCGGGUGCAAACUACACAAUCAAUUUGCCACAGAACUGGGCCACCCUCAACGGAAGCCAAUCGAGUGACGAUACCAAACUGACGAGUUGGAAAUGGAGGCAGCUGAGUGGACCCAACACUGCCACAAUACUGGGUGCUAAUAGCUCGAUCGCCAACGCAACUGCACUCACGAUUGGGGAUUACCUGUUCGAGCUAACGGUAACGGACGAAGGAAACAACAAUGCGACCGAUCGGGUAAAAAUUACCGUAGUCCAAGAACGAAAUACACCGCCGGUGGCCAACGCUGGCGGCGACCAGAGCGUCACUCUACCAACCAAUGCCAUCAUUUUGAAUGGAACUCGAUCGUCCGAUGAUUUAGGCAUCACAAGCUACCGGUGGACUCGAGAAUCAGGCAGUCUAGCAAUGGGAACCAUCAUCGAUGGAAGUGACACCAAACCUGUUCUGAUGGUUACAAACAUCGUUCCCGGUCGAUAUGUAUUCAAACUAACGGUCAGCGAUGGGCAGGGGCUUUCUGGAACCGAUACGGUUAGUAUUAUUGUGCAUCCAGAUCCACUAGUGAUGAGCUUAGUCGAGCUUACCCUGACGAUGGAAGCGACCGUUCUAACUCAGUCGGAGCUGGAUUCGCUGCAACAAAAGCUGAUCCUGCUUAUCGGUGAUAACACUGCCCGGCUUCAUAUUCGGGAGCUGAAGAUUGAACACAAAACCGGGCAGGUCCUGAUUGUGUUCUACGUGGAAAAAGUUGGGGGCAAAGACAAACCGGAGAUCAUUCCGGCAUUGGAGGUCGAAAAGAUUCUUAAAGAAAAGUUUUGGCGAGAUUAUACGAUUCUGGGGACUUCGGUGUCUGGAAUACGAACAGCUAUCUGCCAAAACACGUGCUCCGGACAUGGUGUCUGUAACGCCGAAACACGUGACUGCAUGUGUCAAAGCUUCUGGAUGCCGGACAUUUUCUUCUUCUGGGGGGUAGCAGAAGCCAAUUGCGAUUGGUCCAUCUUGUACGUGAUAAUCGGUGUGUUCAUCGUGUUCCUGAUACUGUCCGGUAUCUGUUGGGGCAUUACCUGCCUAUGUCGACGGUCUUCGAGCAACAAGCCGCGCUCCAGGAGCAAAACUCAAAAGUACUCCCUGAUCGGGAGCCAUGAGGCGGAGAUGCCUUCCUACAGCCGAACGACCCUCUCGGAUUCGGAAACCGAUUCGGACGUUCUGUUCGAGAGUCGCUCCAAACCGAACGGUUUCCCGGCAGGACGUCCCGGAAGUGGCGCUAGUGGUAGCGUCGCCGGAUUAGUCAACGGAGAUGUCAACCGGAACGGACAUACCAAGUAUAAUACUACCCGGCUGGGAAGACGAAUCAAAGCCUAAAUCAACUACCGAGUAAGUGGUUCGAUGUAAGUUGCGUUUUUUGUAAGGAAAAUGUGCAGAACAGAAAAAACUAAAAAAAAAUUAAGGGUUUUUAAGACAACCUCAUUUAACAGACGACACACUGCAGUCAUGUUAAACAUUACCUUUAAUAGGAAAUAAUCACAAGAAUGCUUCAUACAAGCUUGCUGUAUUGUGUUGGGAAAGUUUCUAUACUGUUUCGUUUUGUGUUACUAUUGCGGUAUUUCAGCACGAGAAUGUAAAAAUUAUUGUAUUAGCAGUGAAUCCUAUCAUCGAGGACGUAAAAUGUGAUCAAAAAGCCAUCGAGUAGUUGUAGUCUGCCCUAUUUCGCCCAUUGAUGAAUGAUGUUAUCAAAAAAGCAAGUAAGUAAGGUGGUAGGAUGUCAAGAAAAUAAUAACUUGAACGCGCACCUCAAACAGUUUAGCAUUUUUCGUUUAUUUCCCGUUAGUAAAACUAUCAUUAAACCUCAUAAAUCGAGGUUUUAUAAAAAUAUUUUAAGUCUAUAAUUUUUAUCAAACUGAACUGAAAUAAUAACAACUUUAGUUAGGAUCAAUAAGUUGAUACAUAACUUAAAAAAAGUUCUAGUCCGGAAUAAGGUGAUUUGUUUUUGUGGUACAGAAAAAAAACUACUUAGCAUAGGAUUUUUUUUCCUUAAAAAAAACUGAGAUCAGUAUUUCGCGAGGCAAUUUAAGUACCUACUUAUAAAUAAAUUUAAUGUAGCCAUUUGAUUUAACUACGUACAUGCGAUAUAAUCGUUUUUGUGUCUCGGUUCCGGGUAGUAAGUAAUAAAUGUGCAUUCCAACCUACACUUACCUAUUUUGAUGAAAUUUCGUACUGCUCAUUUUAUGAAGCCUAGGAACAAAUGAAAAGUUUCACUCCCAGUCAGCUUCAACUCAAACAAACCAGUGAAAUAUUCUGAAUAGAUUUUUUUUAGAAAAUAUUGCAUUAUUUCUGUUUGGUACCCAAUAUAUAAGAAUUUAAAUUGACUGAUUGGGCGUGAAAUUUAGCAGAAAAAAAUAUUGACCGAGAGUAGCAGACCUUAUAAGUUAAAAAAAAAGACAGCGUGAGAGCGUAAAGAAAUCUAUACCUACUAGAACUAUUAUACACACCCACACUUGCAAAGCUAACAAGCGAUAAUAAGGUAUUUUUAAAACAGACAAAUAAAACAAUCUAAAUAUAGUAUAA